AAGAGGAGGGGCCCAAAAGGAAUUGUGGGAGAGAGGUCUCUUCCUUUCCGUCUGGCGGCAGCCAUCAGGUAAGCCGAGAUGGGUGCCUACAAGUACAUCCAGGAGCUAUGGAGGAAGAAGCAGUCAGAUGUGAUGCGUUUUCUUCUGAGAGUCCGCUGCUGGCAGUACCGCCAGCUCUCAGCCCUGCACCGGGCGCCCCGCCCCACCCGGCCAGAUAAGGCGCGCCGCCUGGGAUACAAAGCCAAGCAAGGUUACGUCAUAUACAGGAUUCGGGUGCGCCGAGGUGGCCGCAAACGCCCGGUUCCUAAAGGUGCGACUUAUGGCAAGCCUGUCCAUCAUGGUGUUAACCAGCUCAAGUUUGCUCGUAGCCUUCAGUCUGUUGCUGAGGAGAGGGCUGGGCGUCACUGUGGAGCUCUGAGAGUCCUGAAUUCUUACUGGGUUGGUGAAGAUUCUACAUACAAAUUCUUUGAGGUUAUCCUCAUUGAUCCAUUCCACAAGGCCAUCAGAAGAAAUCCUGACACCCAGUGGAUCACCAAACCAGUCCACAAGCACAGAGAAAUGCGUGGGCUGACCUCUGCAGGCCGCAAGAGUCGUGGCCUUGGAAAGGGCCACAAGUUCCACCAUACUAUCGGUGGUUCUCGCCGAGCAGCGUGGAGACGGCGCAAUACUCUCCAGCUCCACCGUUACCGCUAAUAAUAAAAGUAAUGUUUGUACAAUUCUUACCUAAUAAACAAUUUAGGACAGUCAUGUCUGCUUAAAGGUGUUAUUUGUCUGUUAGAACUAGUUUGCAGAUUAUUUCAUGACUGCUUUGUCAAAUUAUGGGAGUGCAAUAAUGUUUGAAGUCUAAAGUGAUGGUGUUUCUUGUUUCUCCUAAGAUAAACUUUUUUCUGUCUUUGCUUUAUUUUAUUAGGGAAUAUGCCAGUAUUUAAAACAUUGCUAUGUGGUUUAAUAGGUGAAAUAAAUUCUUGAAAAGAGGAUCACUGAAGUUAGGCCUGUAGAUUUGUUUGGUGCAUGUGCUGGAGCCUGCAGCUGUAUUGGGAAGGUGUUAGAUAAAGUGGCUGGGGUUUGAGGAGUUUGACAAGCACGAAAAAGAUUGGAUUUGGCUCUGAAAUUUGUGGUGUGAGAACAUGCUAAGAUUGGAUCAUGUAGAAAAGCACUAAAGUUAGCCUAUAUUGAAAAAGUGAUUCAAUUGCUGCUUCUGAAAGCUUUCCAAAUGCCAUUUUCAAAAUUAGAUAAACUUGUUACAUGGUUCCUUUAAGAAAACUAGCUUAACCUGAAUAAAAUUGCCCAAGUCUCCAUAUUUUCAGAAAUUCAUGAAAGGGUGUUAGUGUAGUCAUCUAAGAUGAUAUGAAGCUGAUAGAAUCUGAAUGAGGUGAAUAGGAAUUAUGAACCUUAAUAUUUGUAAGCUUAACAGUAGAUGUGUGGAUGGUAAGCUAGUGCUGACAUUUGAGUUUACGAAAUUUUAAUCUACAUUUAAAAUUCCUGUAAUCGUUUGACAGUGAGGGGAGGGGCUUAGACUUUGCUUGUUCUAGUCAAACCAUCUUGGAACAACUGAUCUAUACAUUUAAGGCUACUAAGAAAACUAUUUGUGGUUUCCAAUCUAGCUUUGUUUCUCAUCCUUCAUCAAAUUACCCUCAAAAUUUUUGGAUUCCACAGUUAGGUCAUCCGCCAAACUUGCCACCACAUUCUAUUUUCUAUUUGUAUCAUGUCUUGUAGUAGACUAUGCUGUUUCCCAAUGAGUUAAGUACAGGAAGGAUUUUCCUUUAUUAGAAAUUCCAAGUUUCUUGUCAGUAAUAGGUGGUUCUAUUUCCAAAUCUAAUUAGUGUCUUCUGGACUGGUUUUUCCCUGGGGUUUUAAAAGGGCCUGCUGAUUUCCAGAAAAUAUUCUUAGCAGGUUCCUUUGAGACUUAACUGUAUAUAGAGGUUGUUGAACUAAAGGAAUAAAGGUGUAUUGAACAAGUGGA